AUGUCUGAGAAAAGAAUGUCCAAAUUGGCAGAGAUAGACGAUCCGACUCGUGAACCAAAAAAGAAGAAAUCCUUCUUCCAACGAAAAGUCGUUCGUCCAAUCAAAAAGAACCCGCUUAUAAGUGUCAGUGCUGUAUUAAUUGCACUGUCGACUUUGCUGUUAUCUGUAUUAUUGAUCGCAGGAAGCGGCUCGGUUUACCUGAGCAAAUUUGUAUUCGACGAUCCGAUAAGGUUCAUUACAAAGAAGUCUUCGAUUACCUUUACGUUGUAUGGCCAUUGUGUGGAUGAUAAAUGCACCAAACCGUCAAUGGUCUAUCGGUUUGACCAGAUGCCGACUUCAUCCGAGAUAGUCGGUAACAACUCUAGCAUUCCAUCAUUCACCAAACGACUAGACGUUGGCGGAGCGAUAAAUGGUGCAGGACAAGCAGCUUCCGGUGCAGCUUCCGGUGCAGGACAAGCAGCUUCCGAUGCGGGACAAGCAGUUUCUGGUGCAGCUGAAGACGGUGCAAACAAGGCCGGACAAGUAGCAACCGACGCUGCCAACGCUGCUGCUGACGCUGCGCAAAAGGCAAUGAAAUUGUUGUCUUCGUUGUUGGAUGGUUUGAAGAAUUUCCAGCCAAAAAAGGCUAUUAAUGGAAUAACCGGAUUGUUCUCAGUUCCAUACCUCUUUGCGCUCAUCUGCAAUGUUAUCACUCUUGUUUUACUAUUUUUCAAUCUACCAUCUAUCGCCGCCCUGUUUUUAUUUGUUGCUGUAUUCAUGAACGUUCUUGCUCUAGUCUUUGAUCUAUUGUUGUUUGUAUGGGUUUUUGAAUUGGUUGGACUGAUACCAGGUAUUGGUGAUUCAUUCACUGGCCCAGGCAUUCGACUUGCAGAGUGCAGUGCCGCAUUCUUGACCCUUGCUACGUUGCUAUUAGGCGGUAGAUUGUAUUAUAUGUUAUGCUGCGGUGGUGGGUGCAAGCAAGGAAUGAAGUUUCUCAAGAAACAUGCUAAGAAGGGCGUAAAGAAAUUGAGAAAGGAAAAAGAAAAGACUCCAGAAGAGCAGCAUUGGGACCGGGUGUGA